AUGAAUAAACCCACGAAGAUCAGCAUUCUGGGCUCUGACAGCUUAAUCUCUGAUUUCGGCCUCUGGCGCGAUGGCUACAUUGCCCGAGACUUGAUCAGCCGCUGUCCGUCGACGACCUACACCAUCAUCACGGACACCAACAUUGGCCCCUUAUACGUCCGGCCCUUCCAGAAAAUAUUCAGAGAAAUCGUCAGCUCCGUGUCCCCCUCCCCUCGUCUCCUAGUGUAUCAGGUCCCCCCGGGAGAGGGCUCCAAAUCUCGCCAGUCGAAAGCCUACAUUGAAGACUGGAUGCUGAGCCAGAACCCGCCAUGCGGCCGGGACACUGUCAUCCUGGCACUAGGCGGGGGAGUCAUUGGGGACUUGGCGGGAUUUGUGGCCGCGACGUAUAUGCGAGGCGUCCGUUUCGUGCAGGUUCCCACCACCCUGCUGGCCAUGGUGGAUUCGUCCAUUGGGGGGAAGACGGCUGUUGAUACGCCGCUUGGGAAGAACCUGAUCGGGGCUAUCUGGCAGCCUGAGAGGAUCUAUGUUGACUUGGAGUUCUUGGAGACGCUCCCUGUGCGAGAGUUCAUCAACGGGAUGGCGGAGGUUAUCAAGACAGCUGCUAUCUCCAGUGAGGGGGACUUCGCUGCCCUCGAGGAGAAUGCUGAAACCAUCCUGGCUGCAGUUCACAAAGAAGUUGGCCAGGGCGAACAGCGAUUUGAGAAUAUCCAGAACAUCCUCAAGGCAACCAUUCUGGCAUCUGCGCGAUACAAGGCGGACGUCGUCUCCAACGAUGAGCGGGAGAGUGGACUUCGCAACCUUCUAAACUGGGGCCAUUCCAUCGGUCAUGCCAUCGAAGCUAUCCUCACCCCAGAAAUCCUUCACGGUGAAUGCGUCGCCAUUGGCAUGGUGCUGGAGGCCAAGUUGGCCAGCCAUCUGGGAAUACUACCAGGUGCCGAUGUUGUCCGGAUCGCCAGGUGUAUUGCAGCCUAUGGCCUGCCAACUGCCCUGGCAGAUGUACAGGAGGCUGUACCAAACAAGUAUUGUUCUGUGGAGGACUUGUUGUUCUAUAUGUCACUAGACAAGAAGAAUGAUGGACCGAACAAGAAGAUCGUACUUUUAUCAGCCAUCGGACAAACAUACGAAGCCAAAGCCAGCGUCGUCCCUAAUGAGGAUAUUGCCGCUGUUCUGUCUCUGAACGUUGAGAUGGACAGCAUGUACACCUCGAACGGCAUCGCGCCAGCAACUACUCAUGUCGAAAGAGUCUCGGUUACUGUCAAUGGUUUGCUUUGA